UGUGGGGGAAUAACUAGGGGGAACCUAAAGUGUGGUGGGGAGUGAAAUCAAAUGACAGGAAACGUAGACUGUCUUGGGAAACAUCUCCUAAGGGUGCGAGUUACUCGUCGUCCCAGGAAACCAGUGGAAGCCUAAUCAUCCCAUGAGACUUUUGAAACUAGACUGGACAAAGCACUGGAGAAUAGAUUGUAACGAACAAUCCAGUUCUGGACAAGGCGUGAAAUAUGCAAACAGUAGAAAACUUCCUUCUGUGCCAGGUUUGGAGAUGGAUUGUAUGAUUCCUACAUGAGAAUAGAUCAAAUUAGGUACCCAGAUCCUACAAAUGAAGAACACAGCCCUUCUGGACUUCCUUCACUUGGGAGAUCAAAUGUUACUAGCAACAAACUCACUAUGAAAGAUCAUCCUCUGACUGGAAGUCAGGUCAAAGUUGAGCAACUAUUUGAGGACUCUGGCAAUAAGAGGAGCAGUACUCUUCAGUCUGCAGGAAUCAGUAGUUCCGAAAGAUCUCUUCCUUCCCUGUCAAAAGAUAAAAGUAUAGACAGCUUAAGCACAGCCAAAUCUUGUGGAAGUUCAUCAAAAGUGCGCAAAGCUAUCUCUCAGGCUCCAGAGCAAGCAGUGAAGCAAUAUAAACAUCAGUUAUCUGCUUACGAGCAGCAAGAAAUAUGUAACUUUUCUGAAAUUUACUUUGUGGGUCCAAAUGCAAAAAAGAGGCAAGGAGUAGUCGGUGGCCCCAACAAUGGAGGAUAUGAUGAUGACCAAGGUGGAUACAUUCAUGUGCCUCAUGACCAUCUGGCUUACCGAUACGAAGUACUUAAAAUAAUUGGAAAGGGCAGUUUUGGACAAGUAGCUAAAGUUUAUGAUCAUAAACUCCACCAGCAUUUGGCCUUAAAGAUGGUUCGCAAUGAGAAGAGGUUUCACCGUCAAGCAGCAGAGGAAAUUCGGAUUUUGGAGCAUCUCAAGAAACAGGAUAAAACUGGCAGCAUGAAUGUUAUUCACAUGCUAGAAAGUUUUACCUUUCGGAACCACAUAUGUAUGACCUUUGAGCUCCUGAGCAUGAACCUGUAUGAGCUGAUCAAAAGAAAUAAAUUUCAAGGGUUCAGUGUGCAGCUGGUACGCAAGUUUGCCCACUCUAUAUUACAAUGUUUGGAGGCUCUUUAUAAAAACAAAAUCAUACAUUGUGACCUGAAGCCAGAAAAUAUACUUCUAAAACAGCAAGGGCGGAGUGGCAUCAAGGUUAUUGAUUUUGGGUCUAGCUGCUUUGAGCACCAAAGAGUCUACACGUAUAUUCAGUCUCGAUUCUAUAGGGCCCCAGAGGUCAUUCUGGGAAGUCGCUAUGGGAUGCCCAUAGACAUGUGGAGUUUUGGUUGUAUUCUGGUGGAACUGUUGACUGGAUAUCCUCUUUUUCCUGGAGAAGAUGAGGGAGACCAACUGGCUUGUAUGAUGGAGCUUCUUGGAAUGCCACCUCAGAAGCUUUUGGAUCAAUCCAAGCGAGCCAAGAACUUCAUCAACUCCAAGGGUCAUCCUCGCUACUGCACUGCAACUACACAUACGGAUGGGAAAGUGAUCCUCAAUGGCAGUAGAUCACGCAGGGGUAAAAUGCGUGGUGCUCCAGGCAACAAAGACUGGGUGACGGCGUUGAAAGGCUGUGAUGACCCCUUGUUUAUAGAAUUCUUAAAAGAAUGUCUUAACUGGGAUCCUUCUGCGCGCAUGACUCCAAGUCAAGCUUUAAGACACCCUUGGAUUUGUAAGCGAAUGCCCAAACCACCCAGUACUGAUAAAAGCAUGGGUAAACGGAUAUCUAACUACACAAGCUCCUUCCCAGGAAUAGGUUCUAAGUUGCCUCCAGUAGUUGGAGUGGCAAACAAACUGAGGGCUAAUUUAACAUCUGAAUCAAAUGGCAGUAUACCUCUAUGCACUGUGCUACCAAAACUGGUCAGUUAAUAGAAAAUUAUGUAUUCCCAAAAUACAUACCAUGUAUUUUAAUUAUCUGCUAGAAACGUGUAAGGUGGUGAAAUGCAGAGGUUUUUAAUGGAUUUACUUUUCAUUAAACACUUAAUCUUGUACAAAAAAAGAUGAAUCAAAAUAUAAACAUUUCAAGGGCUAAUUGUUUUAUCAAGUUGUUUCAGUUGCAGUGUGGUGCAUAUUACAUCACUUGAUAGGUCAACACAUCUGUUCUGGUCAGUGAGAUUACAUGCUUUAACAGUUGUGUUUAAUAGCACUAUUUAAAAAAGAAUCAAAUCAUUUCUUAUCAGGACAGUUUCAGUUAGCAAAUGCUUUGUCACAAGACAGCAAGAAAAAAGCAUUUAAAAUUGUAUUCUGUUGGAUAGAAUGAGCUCUGCUUUCAAUUAAUCCCCAAGUGAACUUCUUAAAUUUGGAUGAAAUUUUACAGAUUUACUGUCAAGAGCACAAGUGUUUUAAUCUAAAAAGCGAGAAUGUUACCGGUACUUGCCAAUAUCAAAUUUAUAUUUGAAUGAUUUGGUUUCCCGACAGAAUGCUUUCCCCUUACACGUUUUGGAGGGCUCCUGGCAUAUAGGGAUCCAAGUUGCUGCAUUCCUAAAUUACUUAGGCUGGGAUUUUCAAAGGAGCAUACAAGUAGUUAGGGACACAUCAGUUGUGUGUAGACCUGCUAGGAUCAACUUCUUUACUGGGAUAUGUACUCACUACCCCCACUGAAGUCAAUGGGAGUUGCAGGCAUGCACAAGAGCAGAACUGGAUCAUAACAUGAAGUAUAAUUUGCUCAGGGCUAUUAAAAACAUUGUUUUGACUUAAAUUUAAUUAGGGUUACCAUAUUUUGAGUGUCCAAAAAGAGGACACUCCACGGGGCCCCAGCCCCGCCCAUGCCCCCGCCCCAACUCCACCCCUUUCCCAAAGUCCCCACCCCAACUCCGAACAUUUGAUUCGCGGGAAGCCUGAAGCAGGCAGCAGGUAAGCUGGGGUGGGGGGGGUGGGGGGAGGAGGCGCGGCCCAGUCUGGCCCCCCCAACUGAGCGGCUCCUUCCGGCGGCCAGCCCCAGCGUCUCCAGCCUAGCUCGGCUCCUGGGGUGCUGGCCCCAGCCAAGCACCCCCGGCCGGCCCCGGGCCGGCCCCUGGCCCAGCACCCGCGGCCCCGCACCGCCGACCCUGGAUCGCCGGGCCCGGCUCGGCCCCGCAUCCCCGGGCCAAACCCCGGCCGAGCGCCCCCGGCCCCGCACCU